GUUUAUUUCAGUCGUGAAGUUGUAACGUGAUAAGAUUGUGGUUUUCAUUGACUUAUCGUGAUAACUGUAAUACAUAAAUGAGCUCUCUGCCCGAAUACUGCCUGGGUAAUUAUCAUAUUUUGUGUUGAAACUCGCGUCCAAAAAUAUCUGCGCAACAAUCUAUAAAUAAACUGUUAAAUAACCAUAGACAAUUAGGCAAAAGAAGUUGAAAUUUUAAGGUGAAAGUUUAUCGAUAUCACUGCGUCGGCGCUUGAACACGCCGGCAAAGUUGCCCAACCAUCGAUUUUCCCUAUUUCAUUUUUGAAUAAUAAUCGGCAGUUGUUUGCUCGCCUAUAGUUAAUUAAACCUAAUCGAAUCAAUAAGUACAUAUGUACAUAUCUCUAAUAAAUUAGUGAACACGCAAGUUGGUUUAAUCGUGACGCGCUUGUUAGAGGAAUUAACAUGUUUUAAUAUACAGUAGCGUUUUGCGAUAUAAACACGUACAAAGUCAACUUAUUAAAAAUGAGUGCAAGUUCCAAGGCGUUACUGGAGAUCGAUAUAAAUCAACCAAGAUAUGACCAAAGUACGUAUGUGGGUAGGGCACAACACUUCCUUCAAGUAACAAAUCCAUUAAACGUAUUUGCAACCCCUGCGGCGUUGGAGGAUGCUCGUACCAUCGUCACAAAACAUAGACUGAAGCAAACGCUUCCGGAAGGCUUGGACGAAGAUCAACUAUGGGGCGCGAAAAACCUGUACGACUCGGCGUUCCACCCCGAUACUGGGGAGAAAAUGAACAUAAUAGGCAGAAUGUCCGCACAAGUACCAAUGAACAUGCUGAUAACAGGUGGAAUGAUGACAUUUUACAAAAGCACCCCCGCUGUCAUAUUUUGGCAAUGGAUCAAUCAGUCAUUUAAUGCUCUUGUCAAUUACACGAACAGAAGUGGAGACGCACAACUCAGUAAUAGUCAUCUUCUGACAUCUUACGCUUGUGCAACUGGCGGCGCUUUAGUAACAGCUUUGGGUCUUAACCGAUUAGUAAAGAAUGCUUCUCCUAUCGUUGGUAGGCUAGUGCCAUUUGCAGCGGUUGCAGCUGCCAAUUGCGUCAAUAUACCUCUAAUGCGAUCUCAAGAAUUAAUAGACGGUACUCCGGUUUACGAUAAAAACGACAACAGAAUUGGCGUAUCCCAGCGAGCUGCGCGUGAUGGUAUUAUUCAGGUUACUUUCAGUCGAAUAGCCAUGGCAGCACCAGGCAUGGUAUUAGUUCCAUUUGUCAUGAAUCGUUUGGAACGGAAGGGAAUCUUACGCCGACUACCAUGGAUGACACUUCCCAUACAAGUAUCCUUGGUUGGUCUGUGCCUAACAUUUGCAACACCAUUAGCGUGUGCAGUGUUCAAGCAACGAGCCGAAAUCAAAUAUGAUAACUUAGAAGAUGAUAUAAAGGAAAAGUUGAAGCAGAAAUUUGGACCGGAACUUCCUCACACGUUAUGGUACAACAAAGGUCUAUAAAGAACAAUUAGUAAAUGCUUAAUAAAGGCAAUGUGUCGACAAUAAAAUGCAAAUUUAUUUCCGAUGUUAUUAAAUUACGAAAGUUUA